AUGUCUGGCAUCGCUUUUGAACAACCUGCUGGUGGGUUCGUCUUUGAUAAUUGUCGCCGAAAUGAUAUUUUAUUGAAAAAUAAUGUUCUACCUGGUAAAAUUCAUAAAACUGGUACAACAAUUGCUGCUAUUACAUAUAAGGAUGGUGUUGUCAUUGCUGCUGAUAGUCGAUGUACAGCAGGAAAUAUAAUAUUUGAUGAUAAUGUAUUAAAAAUACAUCGUUUAUCGGAUAAUAUCUAUGCACUUGGUGCCGGAACAUCAGCUGAUUGUGAUUUUCAAACACGUUUACUUGAAUCUCAACUUGAAUUACUGAAAUUGAAUCAAGAUCGACAAGUUCGUGUUGCAACAGCUGUUAGAAAAAUACAACAACAUCUCUUCAGAUAUCGAGGCUAUAUCGGUGCUUAUUUGAUUAUUGUUGGUGUCGAUGUAACUGGCUCUCAUAUAGCAACAGUUCAUCCUCAUGGAAGUAUCGCGUUUUUACCGUUUGUGGCUUCAGGUUCUGGUGGAUAUACAUCAUUAUCUGUUAUUGAAGAUCGUUAUAAAGAAAAUAUGACAGAAGAUGAAGCAAAACAAUUAGUACGUGAUGCGCUCUAUGCAUCGACAACAACAGAUUUAUAUUCAGGAAGUAAAAUUAAUAUGUUUGUAUUAACAAAAGAAAAAUUGGAUAAAUUUUUACCAUACGAAAUUGUAGCUGCUCGUACUGAAAAACAGGCUGAUUAUACAUUAGCCAAAGGAACAACUGAAGUUAUAUCAACAAAUGUAAAAAAGAUCGAAUUUGACAUAGUUAAUGAAAAAGUCAAAGCAACAGGAGCUCAUGAAGCUAUGGAACUUGCUUAA